GGUUAGUGCCAAUAAUGACAAUAGUAAAUACCUCCUGUGCUCUGUCUGGAACGAGCGAGAAGUGAGGGCGGGCACUGGGUGGCCUACGUCACUCAACGAAGCGGAAGACGUGACUGUAGUAAGAAACACGCACCGCACAAGAGAGACCAGCAUGCCCUAUGGCGACAUGAAAAAGCCGCUGCUGCAGUGCUCCAGGGAUCCAGAGCCCCUGGUCUCUGACAGUGUGGGUGGCCCUGCCGUGGGCAUCCUCGGCGGGGGGGACUUCGCGCGCUCGCUGGCGGCGCGGCUGACGGGCUCGGGCCGAGCGGUGCUGGUGGGCAGCCGCGACCCCAAGCGCUGCGCCGCGCUCUUCCCGCCAGCGGCCGAGGUGACCACGCAGGAGGACGCCGCCACCCGCUCCAGCCUGCUGUUCGUGGCACUCUUCCCAGAGCACUACAGCACACUGGCGGGCCUGCGGGGGGCGCUGGAGGGCAAGGUUCUGGUGGACGUCAGCAAUGCGGCCGAGUUGAACCGCGGCGGGCCCUCCAAUGCCGAGCAGCUGGCCAGCCUUUUUCCCGACAGCCACGUGGUGAAGGGCUUCAAUGUCAUCUCCGCCUGGGCACUGUUGGCUGGGCCUCGAGAUGGCAGCAGGCAGAUCCCGAUCUGCAGUGACAGUAGCCAAGCCAAGAGGACCGUCAUGGAGCUGUCCCGUAGCCUGGGCUUUGUCCCGGUGGACGUGGGGGCCCUGUCCGAGGCGCGAGCUGUUGAGGACGGCCCCCUGCGCCUCUUCCCCUCCUGGGGCGGGCCCUUGCGCUGCUUGCUGGGCCUCUUCCUCCUCUUCUACGUGUACAACUUUGUGCGGACCGUCCUGCUGCCUUACCUGGUGAAGGAAGAGAACUUGUUCUACCGGUUGCCCGUGGAGAUGGUGAACGCCACGCUGCCCGCCGUCGCUCUGGAGAUGCUGGCGCUGGUCUACCUGCCGGGCCUGCUGGCAGCCACCCUGCAGCUGAGGCGGGGCACCAAGUACAGCCGCUUCCCCGAUUGGCUGGACCGCUGGCUGUGCCUGCGCAAGCAGUUGGGGCUGCUGAGCUUCCUCUGCGCAUCCCUGCAUGCAAUCUACAGCCUAUGCCUGCCCAUGCGCAGGUCUGCGCGCUACCAUCUGCUCAACGCCGCCUUCAAGCAGGUGAAGGACGGCAUAGAGAACUCGUGGGUGGAGGAAGAGGUGUGGCGGAUGGAGCUGUACCUCUCCUUCGGCAUCCUGGCACUGGGUGUCCUCUCCCUGCUGGCGGUCACCUCCCUGCCCUCCGUGGGAAACUCUCUCAACUGGAGAGAGUUCAGCUUUGUGCAGUCCAGGCUGGGCUACACGGCGCUGACCAUCGCCACCCUGCACACACUGACCUUCGGCUGGGACCGGGCCUUCGACCCGCGCUCCUACCAAUUCUACCUGCCGCCCAGCUUCGUGCUGGAGCUGGCCCUGCCGUGCGCAGUGCUGCUGGGCCGGCUGGGCCUGGCGCUGCCCUGCGUGGCGAGGAGGCUGGCGCGGAUACGCCGGGGCUGGGACUCUGGCUGCCAGGUCCGCUUCGGACCGGCCGGAGAGGAGCCCGGCGGCGACGCCCCCGAAGACAUCAGCGACGUGUAACGAGGGGGCGGGGGGACAGACCUGUCCAUGUGAGCGGGUCCACACCAUGCCAAAGGGAUAAGGAUGUACGUGGACAUAGCCACAUAAGGGGCCAGUUAUACUUGAGCAAAGAUUUUUUCUAUGAAUGUGUGUGUGUGUGACAUGUCAGCAGUAUUUUUAAUCUUGAGAUGUCAUUCAGAAGUGAUCAGAAAUGUAUUUUGAGUGGCUGCACCCCUGGCCCCUCGUGAGGUCACAUGGCCACUUGUUUGUUGCCGGUAGCUCUCUUUUCAAGCUGCUUUGUCGCUGGGUUCCGCAUCAUGUCAGUUUAGACCCCCCAGUUCCAGCCCAGCCAGAUACUGGAGUGCGGGCACCUUUUUCUCAGGGCCAUUGAAGGACUCUCUCCGCCCCAAACCCCACAGACGCUACCAAAAGUGCCUUGAGUCAACAACCUCCCCACCCCCCUCCCCCCCCCUCCCCAACCCUUCAGUUUUGUGCUGAACUUUGUCAGGCUGUGUGCUUUAUUAGCUCUGAAAUCUAGGUCAGAACACAACGGAUGACUUUGCUGCGAGCAAAGAAAAAAAAAAAAAAAAAAAAAACAGCUUUUCGCCUCCACAGCAUAAGCCCAACUGCUUGUUUGAGAUCAUUUGCUCAGAGACCAAAGGCAUUGUGCAUGCAGACCUUUACACAACAGAAUGAAACUGGCAAACUGUAUCUGUGGUGACUGUGGACCCGGGGAAUACAGUCACAUCGUAUUUUAAUCAGUCAGAUUGUCCAAUUAGAUGACCGCAAAGGCAGAGUUAAUUUCGGGAAUACAUGCCAUUGAGUGUUCAGCGUGUGUCCGGAUGAGCUGUUCAUUUGUUCAGUGUUCGUAAUUAAAGUGCAAUUAGAUGCGCAAAGCUCUCAUUCCAUGCUACAUCACAUUAGCGAUGGCAUUUGCUGUUACAUUCAAACGCUGCUGAAUGGAUUUCAUGGGACAUAAAUCACAAAUGUACAUAUCAGCAUUUCCUUAAAUUCUUUAUUUGUUUUAAAGAUUAAAUGAAAAACACAGACUGCCAUUUUACAUCAUUUGUCAUAUCUCAAACACUGACUGCCAUUUCACCUCAUUUGUCAUCUCAAACACUGGAAACCUAUUUCUACAAGUGUAUUUGAAUAUUCCUAUCAAGCAAUAAAGGCAAUGCUUUCUUAA